AUGAGCUCGACAUCCGAGUGGACGCCGUCGCCGUCACCGCCUCCCCAACCCGCCGAAACGUCCGCUCGCCCUUCCAGCUCGCCCGAAUCGUCUCCACCCGCUCCGACGUCCAAGUCGAAGCCGAAGGAGUACAGGCGGGGCAAGUGGACGGACGAAGAGUCGGCCGAAGUCCUCUUCAUCGGCGACCGCUACCUCAAAUCGACUUCGAAGACUUCGGCGGGAAAAGUCGAGGAUUGGGAGGGACUGAGGGACAAGUUCAAGACGCAUGCGAAGAACAGGAGCGUCGCUGCGCUGAGGGGCAAGUACCUGGCGUUGGUCAAGAAGCGCGCGAAGGACAAGGAAAAGGCGGCGGAAGGGAAAUCGCCUGAGCACGACGAAGACAUCGUCAUCGUGGAGCCGAAGCCCGCCCCUUUCAGCCCGCGGUCCCAGUCCAUCAUCGACCAUGGCACUGCUGCCGCCGUCGCCUAUGUCACCGGCAACCAUGCCGACCCGUUCCAGCUCGUUCCUUCUCCCUGGACCGUCGCCGAAGAUGCAGCACUCCUUGCCACACUUGCGACAAUGCCUCUCGGACCGGUGCGCUGGCCGGCGGUCCACACGAUGGUGCAGAAGACCUAUGAGCAGGCCGAACAGCGGCAGUUCUUGCGGACGCAGCAGGAGGUGCAGGUCCGUUGGGACUCGAGGUGGAGCAAGCAGGCGUUCUGGGCGAACGUGCCUCGCUCUCUCGCCGCGCCCAUUAAUCUCAUCACCCAGCAACUCGGGCAGGGGAUCCUCCAGUUCCUUACCACCUCAGACGCUGCCUUCGCUCGCAACAUCGUCGAGAGCAUCGGAGGCGCCGCCCUCACGCCCGUCAAGCCCGCUGUCGUCCCGCCGCAACACAGCCAUACUCCUGCGCAGGCGGGACCUUCGCACUUCACGCAGCAGCCUGCCUCGACGUCCUUCCGCCGUCCAUCCGUCUCACUCCCGUCCGCUCCAAACGUCAUGGCUCACAUGCAAGGAUCCGCCGCUUCGCCCACGCCCGUGGGCCCAGCCCGUACUCCCUCCUCACCCCUCGACGACGCCUCGACGCAGGUGCAGCGUCCUGUUAGCACCGGCACGAUUCCUCAGCAACUCUCCUCUCCGCCAGCGAGCGCAAGCCACCUGACGCCAGGUCGUGCCGCGCCUCCUUUCCCGUACCGUCCUUCGCCAACUCUCGCUACAUCCAGCAUCUCUCAGCCUCGUAGCGCACCGGUCUCCUCGUCCAACGAACAAGGACUGUCGUUCAUGCAGGCUGAAGACGGUGAAGGUCUCGGCUAUGCUUCGCCAGGCUCCACGGUCGCCUUGGGACAAGCUGCAGCGGGCGCGACUCAGGCGUACGAGGGAGGUGCAGGCGAUGUGCGUCGCCCAGAGGAGGAAGCAGGAGACGAGCCAGCACGGAAGAGGACGAGAACGGCGUGA